CAGGGAUGUGUGGCACGAAUGGACGGAUCUCACCCAUCUAUCCCCGUCUUUUUGUAGUCAAGGAAGAAAGAUGGCGCCUACAAAUGUACUGAGAUGCUGCCAGAGGGGUCUGGCAUGGAUACCGGUUAUAUUUAUCGCUUUAGUGGUGUGCUGGUCUUAUUAUGCUUACGUGGUGGAGCUGUGUAUAUUUACAAUUCCCAGCACUGGUGAAAAAAUCAUCUACCUGGUUGUCUUUCACCUGUCAUUCUUCAUGUUUGUGUGGUCUUACUGGAAAACAAUUUUUACAAGACCAGCCAACCCUUCCAAAGAGUUUUGUCUACCCAAAGCUGAGAAGGAGCAGUAUGAGAAGGAACAACGGCCAGAGACUCAGCAGGAGAUCUUGAAAAGAGUGGCCAGCAGUCUGCCCCUCUAUACCCACACAGCAGCUGGAGCUAUCCGUUACUGUGACCGCUGCCAAGUGAUCAAACCAGACAGAUGUCAUCAUUGUUCUGCAUGUGACAUGUGUGUUCUGAAGAUGGAUCAUCACUGUCCAUGGGUGAAUAACUGUGUGGGUUUCUCCAACUACAAGUUCUUCAUCUUGUUCCUGACAUACUCGCUUGUUUACUGCUUAUUCAUUGCAGCCUCUGUCCUCCAAUACUUCAUAAAGUUCUGGACACUUUGUCGGAGGAAAUCAGCAGAGAAUUGUCCAAAGAGUGACCUGCCAGAGUCUCACGCCAAAUUCCAUGUCUUGUUUCUCUUUUUUGUGGCGGCCAUGUUCUGCAUCAGCAUACUUUCACUCUUCACUUACCACUUGUGGCUUGUGGGAAAAAACAGGUCCACCAUAGAAGCGUUCAGAGCCCCGGUCUUCAGAAAUGGCCCUGAUAAAAAUGGAUUCUCCCUGGGCUUUUGCAAGAACAUUGCUCAGGUGUUUGGGGACCAUAAAAAAUACUGGAUACUUCCUGUCUUUACAAGUCAGGGAGAUGGCCUCUCUUUUUCUACACGUUUGGUCACUUGUGAUCCAGAGCAGCCCACUGAUUGUCUGCAGCCUGAAGGCUUGGAUAAAGGUGCUGUAGAUAGUUCUGAUGAGAAAUGCAACCCUUUAAGUGAAUUACAAAACCAUCUGCUCGGCAACAAUUACCACUGUGAAGAAGAUCACAAAGAGAUAGAUGUCUUAAAGCCAGAUGAAAGUGAGGCCAUCACUAUCUCCAUUGAGUCAUAGCCAGGACUCAAGCUGGGCAAGGGUGAGUCCUCCAUGCCUUUGACUCCCAGUACUGGGGACUGUUGAGGAGAAUCAUAGUAAUCAAAACUGAUGCCUUAAACAGCUCUUUUCUCGGAAUGCUCCUAAACAUUUUCCUACAUCCAUUGCUUGUGGAAAGACCCAAAUCACUCCAUUACAGUCUGUAAAAUUACUCUCAGUCCCCAUUCAGCUGUAAUAGCUGUACUCGCAUCCAUUUUUUGCACAGAAAACUGUUUCGUUGCACAGGCCUAGAAGACUUCUCAACCAUGCAUGAGAGUUUUUGAAACUCUCCCCUAUGUGUUGAAGAAAUGUACCAGUGCUUCUCCUCAGUCUACCCCAUUCAGCUGCCAUGGUCUUGCACCAACUGCUGUUUAAUUGAGGGCAAUGGAAAAACAGACAAAACACUGGCUCUGUUCUGGAUCUGUACAAAGGGAAAGGUCUAACUGAGCUGGACUAGAAUCCUUUGUGCCACAGAAUAAGUGUUGAUAGCUUCAGUUAAAGGGUUAAAGAACAUUGCAGAGCACAAGAUGGUGCAUUCACACUUUUUAAAGAGUCUAAAGAGAUUGUUGCAGAAGACUGAAACAAUCCUUGUAUAUUCUUAAGCUGCUCCAUUUGUAUGUUGACUUAUGUUUUUAUUAGUUUUUCAUUGUUCUGAGAUGAUUCUGGUGUGAAAUGUUGUGCACAUGUUGGCCACCUAACAUAUGCCAAAUAAAGGGCUGAAUACCAUAGCCCUAUGUUUACAAAAUGUUAGUAAUACCUCUCUGCUGUCACAGUGUGGUGAGUAUUACCUUGGAAACCAAAUGACACUGCUGUGGUGUGAAGCCCACUAAUCGCUGUAGGUUCCUCCUGCAGUAUUAGAACUGGUGGCACUUACAACAUGACAGUAUAAAUACAGUAUCGCAGAGUCAGUCAUCUUUGGUAUUGGAUCAUCAGACUAUACAUUAAUCUAAUUUCUCAAUGCAUUGUGUUUCUCUUUGUCUUUCUAUUUUUCUAUACUUACAUGUUGUUUAUUGCUGUUUUUGGAUUUAGAUUCAGAAUAUCCUUUUUUUUAGCAAGUGCUUUGGUAAAGCAGUAAAAGUGAUUAGUUAUUUUUGUGCGUUUAUAUUUGUUGUAAACAUGGGCCAGCGUGGAACACAGUGACUGUGACUGUUGCGUGAGCUUGGGAAAUUAUGUUUGGAGAUCCAGAUGUGUAUUUAUGUGUUAGGAAGUGAACCGCUGUGAUUGCUGCCCUGUGUGCUUGUUUGUUAUCUGAAGUAUAGAAGAGCUGCAUUGACAAAUCAAGAGAUGCAUGCAAGCAGGCACCAGAGUGUUGCUUUUGUAGAGUGUUUGAUGGAUUUGCUGUUGAACUUUAUAAAAAUCAGUGUCAAAUGGUUAAGUGUCAACUUACCUGUAAAACGGGUAAAUACAACAUUAAAAAGAGGAUAUGACAUCUCCCCACAUGAAACUGGAUUGAGAUUUCUGGGAAACUGGUAAGAUUUAAGUAUCACCAGAGUGGAGUGUGAGAGUGAUACCUCACCCAAUAAUAAAACUUAACGCUCAAGAGUCAAACCCUCUAUGACUUAUUUUCCUUCUAAGAUGUUAGACAAAAUGAAUGAACUGAAUUGAACUUCAAAGACAUUAGUCAUUUAUCUUACAGUUCUUACAAAAUCUUUUGUUUAAACACUGACCCUUAACACUUAGUUUAAUCAUUUUAUAACCACUAUACAUAAGUAAUAUUGGCAUUAUAUUCAUGAUGUUAGUCAGAGGGGAACUGGCCCCACAGCGAGUCUGGCUUCUCCCAAGGUUAUGUUUCUCCAUUAAGAAACAUCUUAUGGAGUUUUGUGUUCCAUGCCACAGUCGCCAUCGGCUUGCUCACUGGGGUUAUUAAUAUAAUUAUUAUUUAAUUACUUAUUUUUAAACAUAAUUCACAAUCAUAUUUUAUCAAACUACACAAUGAUGACUCUAAAGACAUUAUAGAUAUUACAGUUUCAUUUUCUGUUAAUGCAUGAUUUUCUGAAAAACUGCUUUGAAAUGUUGUGUUGUGAAAGGUGCUAUGCAAAUAAAAAUGACAACUUGACUUGAAUACCUCAAUCACCAUUCACUUUCAAUGUUUAGAGAAAAACAAAAUAGCAAUUAAGUGAAUGGUGACUGAGGUUAACAUUUUGACUAACUUUUUUUUUUGGUGCUCCAUGGAAGAAUGAAAAUCAAUUGGAUUUAGAAUGACAUGAGGGUGAAUAAAUGAUGCCAAUUUUUUAUUUUGAGUGACCUAUCCCAUUAAGCAGACAUUUGUGAUGUUUCAGUGCUGAGAAAAUCUUAAUUAUUGAAUUCACUUUGAGUUUGUAAAACAAAGCAUUUAAUACAUCAACUUUGUUAGCACACUCUAACCUCCUCUUGCAGCAAGUUGAAGCUUUUCUGGUCUAGCUGGUUUUUGUUUUGUUAAGGUCCUUGUGAUACAUAAUGCUCUUUUGAAAUGCCUUCUCAUAUGAAUUGAAAAUUGAUGCAGCUCAGUUCUGCCUCAAAGCAUGUAUUAAAACCAUUCUUUUAUUUUCAACAAACACAUUUUUGUUUUUUAUUUUAAAUAAAGCAAAAGUACACAUGAAGCCAUAAUGAUAUUAUUAUAGAGCAACUGUUGCUGAUUUUUAUUUUUUUUAUUUUCCUUCUUAUUUUUAGUUUUUGGUUACAAUCCAAAUAAAAAACUUGUGUUUAACUACAUGUCAAGAACAAUUACAUGUUUGAUCUACUGAUGUGCAAACUUGGAGGAUAUCAUUUUAUUUUGUAUUAUAUCUUUUAAAAUGUGUAUGUUAAUGUGCAAAGAAUGUCAUAUUUUUUCAUUUUGACAUGAAUAUUUUGUGAAUAAAGUAUGCCUAUA